UUGACCGGCAUGAUUCCUCGAAUCAUCGGUAAUAUGUCAAGCUUGCACAUGCUGUACAUGGAAUUUAACAGCAUCGGAGGUAACAUUCCAAGUGAGAUUGGCAAGUUGGUCAAUCUGAAUGCAGUGAGCCUUCAAGAUAAUUUGCUAACGGACAUAGUGCCUCAAGAGAUUUUUAACAUUUCUUCGCUACAAGUGCUUUCUUUGAUGGAAAAUUCCCUCUCCGGAGGCCUUCCCUCGAGUAGGGAACUAAGCCUUCCGAAUUUGGAACAACUCUUUCUAGGAAACAAUGGCUUUGGCGGCAACAUCCCGCAGUAUUUCUCGAAUUUUUCGAACCUAGUCCUUUUCGAUGCCGGAAACAAUCAACUCAGCGGACCGAUACCUAAGAGUUUGGGCAACUUGAAGAACCUCAGAUACUUCAUGGUUCAGUCAAAUCAGCUAACAGGUGAGACUUAUGGUUCUGAGCUUGGUUUCCUCUCUACUUUAUCUAAUUGCAAAUCGUUGCAAACCUUGGUUCCGGAAGAAAACCCGCUUUGUGGCUCCAUGCCAGAAUCUAUCAAAAACUUCUCGAGUUCCCUACAAAUUCUAUUCGCUCCCAAUUGUCAAAUCAGAGGUCAUAUUCCCAACCAAAUGGGUUUCUUGAAGAGCUUGACUUUCCUAGAGUUGAGCGAUAAUGAUCUAGACGGCAACAUCCCAUCAUCACUCGCAGGACUAGAAAGCCUGCAAAGGCUGUAUCUCGAUAACAACCAUCUCGAAGGACCGAUCCCCAAUGAGAUAUGCAACUUGACAAGUUUAGGAGAUUUGCUGCUCCGGCAAAAUAAGAUAUCGGGAUCGAUCCCGAAUUGCAUUGGAAACCUGAGCAGCCUUCAAAAGUUUCUAGUAAGUUCAAAUAACAUGACAUCAGUUAUACCGAUUAGUUUGUGAAGCCUUCAACAACUAAUCUUCCUCAAUCUGUCACUCAAUUCUUUCAGUGGAGGACUACCACUUGACAUGGGCAAAAUGAUAGCUAUACAAAACAUUGAUCUUUCUAGGAACCGACUUAUCGAUGCCAUACCGAGUUCCAUCCAGGAGUUGCAGAGCCUUUCUGCUCUCAACUUGUCAAGGAACU